UGGAAAGAUGCUCCGCCACUGGCUAUCGGGUGGUCCAUUGAAGAGGAGCUCUUGGUAGUUCAGAAAACUGGCUUUGUAUGCAUAUUGGAUCUGUCCGGAAACUUUGUGCGACGAUUUACAAUGGGACCUGAAGCAGAAGAACGAGGAAUUUUGGAUGUCAGGUUUUUCAAUUUUCAUGGGCAUACUGGUGUUGCCGUUCUCACCGGUGGUAACCGCAUAUUUCUGACCUCGAAAAUCGACACGCCACGCAUACGUCGUCUGGCUGAAUUAUCCGGCCCGACCCAAGCGGUCGCGCUGUGGGAGAUUAUCACAUGCCCAUUGGACCUGGGUUCAACAAAAACCGGCUCAAAUACAAAUGCUUUCCACGGGCCAUGGGCGCUGAUAUCACGAGCGAAUUCCCUGUUUCGAGCGGACUUUAGCACGGCCGAGAAUAUAGAAAUACCUGCCAUCACACAAAUGAACUCGCGAAUUCGUCUGAUGGCUGUUUCUGCCAAUAUGAAGUUUGUUUCCCUCUGUUUGGAAAAUGGCCAUCUUUUCGUUAUGAAUCUCCGUAUGUCAGAAAUCCAUUCACAGAUCGACCUAACCCAACGCAUCUCCGUUUUGCUGCCAACGUCGGAGCUCGAUCAGAGCGUUUCACAGUUCAACCAUCCCCGUGCAAUGUUGUGGUCUACCAACUCAGCGGUUGUAUUGCAGUGGACUCAUUUGAUUGCUUUAGUCGGUGCCCAUGGUGAUAUAUACGAGUCGUUCUGCCCUGAAGACAUAUGGCUGACUCAGGAGGCGAGUUUUCACUGGGAACAUCCACCGUUUUUCCUUCUUUCGGCUCGUGUUAUGGAUGCCGUUCGGAUGCUAACGCCAACUUCCCACAAACUACUGCAACGUGUUCCACCUGCGCUUGAAGCUUUGGGGCGUAUCGGUGCAUCGUGCCCAGCUACUUGGCUCCUCUCAGCUAGUGCCAAUCUGCAGCUUGGUUCGGGCCGGGCCAAUGACUACCUGCUGCCUAUCCGUACUUCACGUCAGCUGACCGAAGCAAUUUCACAUUGUAUCGAGGCAGCCAGCCAUGCUGUACUUGAUCCGAAAUGUCAGCAGAAUUUGCUGGAGGCGGCUCACAUGGGUCGGAUAUUCUUGUCUGCCAUGUUCACGGACCCCGAAGAACGUCCGGAUGAGAAAGUUACAAAGGAGCUGAGUGAACGCGCUGCUAACGUUUGUCGUUGUUUGCGAGUGUUGAACAACUUAGCCACUCCGUGGAUCGGCCUUGCGCUAACCUGGACGCAAUUUCAGUACUUGGGUCCCAGACGAUUGCUUGAGCGCCUGCUGGCUCGAAAGCACUACCCGAUGGCGAUUGAGUUUGUGCGAGUCAUGCCCGAAUCCAAACCACCUGUGGACUGUUCACCACGAAAGUCAUCUCACACUGAGCUGGGUAUCAGUCUGACACAAGUUUUGGCACACUGGGCCUGUCACAGUCCUAGCGCAGGCAUCGAAGAUUCUGCAGCCAUAAGUGAACGUCUUGCACGAAUAGUUGAGCGGAUUUAUUGUCCCGAUAGUUGCCCAUCUCCGCUUUCUGAAGUGCCUGGAGGUCCUGCUCGAACAGAUCCUGGAAGAUUCAUACCAUCACUUAACGGACGCGCAACGAUCGAUUUCGCUGAUGUGGCUAGUCAGGCGUUGGUUGCUAAUCGGGAAAAGGUUGCUGAACAACUAAUCGAGUAUGAAGCCAGAGCGUGGCACCAGGUUCCGUUGCUGUUGAAACUGGGCCGUUAUAAUCGGGCGCUUGUUCGGGCCGUGGAAACUGGUGAUCCAGAACUUAUCGCCGUUGUAGUGGCUGCACUGCAGGACCAGGCAAAGCUCCCACCUGCUGAUUUGGCAAUGGUGCUUCGACGACAUCCGAUUGCCAUGGCAAUCUACCAUGAAACAUGGGGUAGUGGACCGGUAGCUUCGAGCGCUACUCACAAUGCGAUUGUUAGCUUUGAUCAAGAGGAUGAUCGAGCAGCCGAAGCCAAGAAGGCCGUACUCCAAGCAUAUGGGGAGGCAAAUUUGCAGCUUCGUUUGAACGCCAUGCAGCGCGCUGAGGAAACGUACAAACAGUUGAAGAAUGACUUCAUGUCCCAGGAAUGUAAUGCUGCGAUUCGACUACUUCGGUUUCAAAGCAAACUGGAAAAGCAAGAGCUGAAAGCUCCUGUGUUUGAAUUCGCCAACUCCCUAAACGACGAUCCUUACUCGGCACAUCUCAUCCUACCUGUGGUUGCCCCAACUAGUGCGGAAGAGACCUCAUGGGUCGGUCAGCCACUGAACACUACAUUGGCUCGUUUGCUGGCUAUACCACAUGGAGAGCGUCACGCCGAUCAACUUCGCCGUGAAUUCCGCGUGUCCGAAAAGAGAUUCGCCCAUUUGCGCUUAAUUGGGUUGGCACUGCAAGGUGAUUGUUGGUCGGAGAUAGAAAAGAUGUCAAAGGCUAAACGAUUGCCUAUUAACCUUGAGGAAUGUAAUGCUGCGAUUCGACUACUUCGGUUUCAAAGCAAACUGGAAAAGCAAGAGCUGAAAGCUCCUGUGUUUGAAUUCGCCAACUCCCUAAACGACGAUCCUUACUCGGCACAUCUCAUCCUACCUGUGGUUGCCCCAACUAGUGCGGAAGAGACCUCAUGGGUCGGUCAGCCACUGAACACUACAUUGGCUCCUUUGCUGGCUAUACCACAUGGAGAGCGUCACGCCGAUCAACUUCGCCGUGAAUUCCGCGUGUCCGAAAAGAGAUUCGCCCAUUUGCGCUUAAUUGGGUUGGCACUGCAAGGUGAUUGUUGGUCGGAGAUAGAAAAGAUGUCAAAGGCUAAACGAUUGCCUAUUAACCUUGAGGUGCUUUUAACGUCCACACUUUAUGUCAAGGGACGUGUAUUUAUCUUCUACUUCCAGACAUUAAUCAAAGUCUGUGUCGAUUGUAAUCACUUUGAAGAGGCACAAUCAUUGGUACCACGCCUUCCAGUGGAACGGAGAGUUCGGUUUUGGCUUAUGUGUGGGCAAAUUGAACAAGCGAUUCAAGCUGCAGUUCGUGAAAAGUCCGACUCAGAUUUGCGUCUGAUUCAGGAACACGUUGGAAAAGGAAACGACGCAAUGUACAGUCGCAUUGCCGCAUUGCGUCAGCAGAUUCGUGGUUGACGUCCUCUUACCCCACCUCCCUCCCCCGGCUGGAUGUCAACACCUAUGUAAAUAUGACUUUGAUUAUUUUCGCUUACGUUCUCUUCGAGCAAUGGAUUUUACUUCGCUUCCUUUUUUAACGUCCUGUCAUCC